UUCGGAAAUCGAAUAACUACGACUUCCCACCUUCAUCGAAUGCAACAACAGUUCCCAACCGGAAGUGACACAAAGUUCCCCCACUGGGUUGAUUUGGAAACUUAUUUUGCAAGCAGUCCGAGUGACCGAACAUCUAAAACAACGCUCUUUAUCAACUGCACAUCGAGCACAUCUGUAGCUAUGGAUUUCUGUGUUGUAACUAUGCUGUACUACUUAAUAUUACUUUAUAUAUCCAUUCACUUGCUGGCAUUCUUUUUCACCGAUGCAGAUUUCACGUUGCUGUGGGCAAGUCUGCUCGGACGCAAAUCAGAGGUGAAGUUGAAGGGUCAGGUGGUGUGGGUCACCGGAGCAUCCAGUGGCAUCGGAGAGGAGCUGGCCUACCAGCUGGCUCGGUGUGGCUCGCGCCUCAUUUUAUCUGCCCGCCGUGAGGAUGAGCUAAGGAGGGUGAAACGCCAGUGCUUAGAGUCCUCGAGUCUGAAGGAUGAGGAUAUUCUUGUUCUUCCGCUGGAUUUGUUGGAGAGGACAACUCAUGAGGCCAAAACCCAAGCUGCAAUUGAGUACUUUGGACAUAUUGACAUCCUGGUAAACAACGGAGGCCGAAGCCAGCGUUCUUUGUUCUUGGACACAAGCGUUGAUGUGUACCAAGCUUUGAUGGAGCUCAACUUCCUGGGCACCGUGUCCCUCACCAAGCAGGUGCUGCCUCACAUGACGCAGCGCGGCACCGGCAGCAUCGUGACUGUCAGCAGCGUGCUGGGCCUUGCCGGGGCGCCCCUGGCGACAGGAUACGCUGCCAGCAAACAUGCUCUUCAGGGCUUUUUUAAUUCCCUUCGGACCGAGCUCUAUCACUAUCCAAAUAUCCUCAUCAGCACAGUGUGUCCAGGCCCUGUGCAAUCAUUCAUAGCACAAAAUGCCUUCACUGAAGAUCUGCACAAGCCUGUGACUUCACCUGGUUACCAGGGACACAAGAUGCCCACUCGUCGCUGUGCAUCUUUAAUACUGGCGGGGAUUGCCAACAGCGUCAAGGAAAUGUGGAUUGCGCAGCAACCCUUCCUGGCUUUCUACUAUGCCUGGCAGUACACCCCCACAUUCGCUUGGUUCGUCACAAACCUCCUAAGCAAGAAAAGGGUGCAGAAUUUCAAAUCUGGUGUGGAUGCAGACUCCGCCUACUUUACCAAGCCCAAGACCUUAUAAAAAUGUUUUCUGAACCAAUGACUUCA